UCAUUUUUGAACUCAUGUGAAGUGCUUUUAUAUAUCGAGAGAGAGAGAGAGAUUUAUCGCUUUAUUCUAUACCCAUCAUCACUGAGAGCUAGAGUACUGCUCUUGCAGCAGAUCACAGAGAAGGUCAUCGUAAAGAGCGAUCUUUCUUCAGUGGAAAAGUGUCCGGCCACGAUGGAAGCCCAAGUAGUAAAGGGAUCAAAGUGUGAAGACUGUGGGAACCAAGCGAAGAAGGAUUGUGAAUACUCAAGGUGCAGAACUUGCUGCAAGAACAAAGCCUUUAAGUGCCAAACCCAUAUCCGAAGCACUUGGAUUCCUGUAGAUAGAAGGCGCCACCAGAAACUGGAGCACCAACCUCUCACUACUAAUCUUAAGGCAGAUACUAUUCCUAAAAGGCACAAGCACAACCCAUAUUCAAGUUUAGAGGAGUUCAAAUUUCCAGCUGUUAUGAGUUCCAUGGCGUUAUUCAGCUGCGUUCAGGUGCGUUCCAUGGAUGACACGGUUAAUGAAAUUGCGUAUCAAACAUCUGUGAACAUUGGAGGACAUGUAUUUAGUGGUCUUCUUUAUGAUCAAGGUCCUCAACAACAAAGCUUCAAUGUUUCUAAGGGUGACAAUAAUAGCUCCAUAGACCCUUUUGUUCAACAACACAGUCUCAAUCUUAGGAGUAGUGCUUCAAUUCACACUCGUAAUGGUGCAAGUGCAAAUAUGCCUCCACUAUCAGCCACUGCAUCAGCUCAGGAACCAUUUUUUCCUCCGCCACAUCCAUUUCCCUUAGCUUCCUUCAGACCUGAUAUGAGAUACUUGUCACACCCUAAACCUUAAUUAAUUUCUUUCUGGAUACUGGAGAAAAAAACGAGAGGGUAUACUUAGAUGCGGGAAAAGAAUAGAAUGAAAUACAAAAUACUUACUAUUUAGAGUGCUUUGGAUAUGCGUUGGAAUCAUAUUGAAUGGAAAAAUCACACUUUUCAAAGCAAAUACCACAUUAAAUGCAACUUUUUCUAAAACACACACUUACCAAUAGCGCCUUCUUGGAGGACUUUAUUGUUCAAGAAUAUAUGUAGAAAACUCUAGAUGAGCAACAUAUGGGGGACAAAUUCAUUAUUCAAGUAGAUUGAGGGAGCUUCUUGUUGUUUUGGUUGAAAUACCAAUGACUCAAUUAUAUUAUAUAUAUUAUACAUUUGUUAGCUGUUA